GUGGGUAAUAUAUGCAAAAAUUAAGUUCGCUUUAUCUUCUUCCGACUUUGCUUCCCUCCCAGAAAAUAUUAAAAUAAUAAUCUCCCAAAUUAACAGAGCUUCUCUCUUGCAACGUAUAAAUUUCAAGCUCUGCCUCCUCCUCAGAUAUUUCUGAGUCUCAGCAAACAAAACCCACCAUGAGCUGCUGCUUGCCCUUCAAUCCACCUUCCCCUCACAAAGCCAUUCUCUCAAGAAAAAGAACCCAAUAUUUUUCUCCCUCUUUUCUCUGCUCACAAAAGCAAGAACCCAAGCUCAUCCUCCAUGAUUCUCUUGAUGCUGCUGGAAUCGACACGAAGCUCGCAAGAGCGGCGAGGGAGGGGUUUUGUCAGCAGGCUGGGAGGAUAACAGAGAUCAACUCUCAAACGAGUAUCGCAAUAAGCAGGGGCGCUGACCUGGCAAAGACAGCCCUCCACGUUGCUGCUGAGGAUGACUCUUUGGUGUCGCAUUCGUCAGUAGAGCUGCCGGUGGAGUCGUACAUUGACCGGCUGGCUGAUCUGUCUUUCGGGUUCUGCUCCCUUUGUAUGCCCCGGUCAAACGCACCACCGGAGGUGUUUCUUGGGAAUUUGGAGAAGUACUUGUAUGUUCACAAGGGAUUUCACCGAACAAAUGUGUUGACAGAAACGCGGGCUUUAUACCUUCACUCUGUUUUGACAUGUAGAUCAGGAUCUUCAGUCAUGUUAUCACUCAUUUACUCGGAAACAUUGAAAAUGUUACGAGUCCUUGGUUUUCUAGAUUUUGAUGUAGAAAUUUACUUUCCUCAUGAUCCUGCUGGUCUUCCUUAUGGUUACCAUAAGCUGAAAAGCAAACUGGAAGAUCAAGCACAUAUAUUAACAUCCAAGGCACUGUUGGUGGAGAUUCUAAGGAACCUAAAGGAUGCAUUCUGGCCAUUCCAGUAUGAAAAUUACAACAGCUUAUUUCUUAGAGCAGCACAUGCUUCUAACCACAUUUAUGGACCAAGCAUUGUAGGAGAAAGAUAUUCUGAAUCAUGUAGCAGCACAAGUGGUUUAGAGAUAGCUUCUACUAAAGCUGCUCAACACAGAUUAGGGCGUGGAGUUUGGACCAAUGUUCGGUUUGGUGAUAUGCGGCGUGCAUUAGCAGCCAGCGAACGCCUUGUCAUCCUAACAAACGAUUAUCAGGAGCUAAGAGACUAUGCUAUACUUCUGUACCACUGUGGCUAUUAUGAGGAGUGCUUGCAUAAUUUGAGAUUGUAUGAGACCUUUAAGGAGGAGGGUGGUCAUGCGCAACAAAGAUCCAGGCUGAGCCAGACUCAUGAAUUGGAGGAGGAUGCAGUGCGAAAACUGAUGGCUCGAGUAAAUCUCAUCCUAGGUGAAGAAGGUUGGAGCGAGAGCAUAUCUCGUAAAAGUUACUGGGGUCAAUAUCAAGAACCAUGGUAGUUCAGUUGAUUUAUUUUAUGGUGUGUGUGUGUUAGGGGGUGGGGUUCAACAUUUAUUAAAUUACACCAAGUCUUGAUAUUUAUUAAAAUGCCCUCCAAAUCUCAAGCUUUGUAUUUCUCUACCCCAAAUCAAAAAAUGCUAAGUAUCAAAUAGUUGAAAGCGAGGGGUACAAUUUAAUAAAUGAUGAUGAUUUGGAGGUUAUGUAGCCAAAAAAAUAAUCCUUUUUUCAUCUGUAUCAUAGUUUUAUUUGGCUUCGAAAUCAUGAAAUGUAAUUUUACACUAACAGAGAUUACAGUCAACACAAAGGUGUUUAUUUUUAGUACCCCGCAACACACAGGGUAAAGGAA